GUUGAGGGGGUGCUAACAAGUUUUUACCGUGACGCUGCUUUUCAAUUGAAAACAACAAAUUAUUGUUUUCUGUUUUCAACCUAUUUUCUCUCCAAAUGUUUUCAAAAAUUAAAACAAACAUAUUUUCAACUACAAUUUCCUGUAUUUCUUGUGUUAGUGAAAAUAAAAACAAAAAAACAGAUAAGCCAAGCUAAUUCAAACUUGUAGAAAAACUUAUUUUAUUAUUUCUUGUUAUAUUUAUUUAUGGAGAAACUUAUUCAGCCUGUAUGAUAUCUACAAGCUUCUGGUCAGCACCUUCACCAAUAAGAUAACAAGACAAGCAGUUUCUGUGAGUCGAUCGCUGGGAUAGGCUACGAUAUCAUCUUAGCAUUUGGGUUUGAGCCUCACUCAAUCUUACGAAACCGGUCAUAUCACUAGUUCACGUGGGAUUUCCAACAAUUGUUAUACUCAGUAAUUGAAACUGGUUCAGGAUUUGAAAGUUUUAAUGGCUGAAACCAAUACAAGCUCUACGAAAAUGAGAUAUAUUUAUAGCUAUGCUGAUAAGUUGAAGAGAUUUCCUGGUUUGGCAAGGAAGGCAAUAUGGAAGGUUGGCAAAGAGGAUCCAAGAAGGGUGGUUCAUUCUAUGAAAGUCGGUGUGGCUUUGGUACUAGUUUCUUUGUUAUUUUUGUUGGAGCCAUUGUUCAAAGGGAUAGGGAAAAAUGCUUUGUGGGCUGUCAUGACUGUGGUUGUGGUGAUGGAGUUCACUGUAGGGGCAACAUUAUGCAAAGGACUAAAUAGAGGAAUAGGGACUCUCUCAGCAGGAUCAUUGGCAUUUCUUAUUAAGUAUUUUGCAGAUGCCCCUGGUCGGAUUUUUCAAGCAGUAUACAUUGGUAUUGCAGUUUUUAUGAUAGGAGCACUAACUACUUAUGUGAGGUUCAUUCCCAAUAUCAAGAAGAAUUAUGACUAUGGUGUUCUGAUCUUUCUUCUAACCUUUAAUUUGAUAACUGUAUCAAGCUACCGUGUUGAUUAUAUCUGGGACUUUGCAAGAGAUCGGAUAUACACCAUUGCCAUAGGAUGUGGCCUAUGUCUUGUGAUGACCAUAUUAGUAUUUCCAAACUGGUCAGGGGAAGACCUCCACAAGAACACCAUAUCAAAGCUUGAAGGCUUAGCCAACUCUAUACAAGUCUGUGUCAGGGAAUAUUUUUAUGAGUCUGCAAAAGAAGAAACUGAAGAUGAUGAUUCAUCGGAGGAUCCAAUUUACGAAGGUUACAAGGCUGUUUUAGAUUCCAAAGCAAAAGAUGAAACACUGGCAUCACAAGCAAGCUGGGAACCAAGAUUCUCAAGAUAUUGCCACAAAUUUCCGUGGCAUCAAUAUACAAGAGUGGGAGCUGCUCUUCGCCAAUUCGGUUACACUGUUGUAGCACUACAUGGAUGUCUACAGUCUGAAAUUCAGACACCAAAGUCAAUUAGUACCCUGUACAAAGAUUCUUGCAUGAGACUUGGAGAGGAAGUGUCAAAUGUAUUAAGGGAACUGGCCAACAGCAUAAGGAACAAUCGUCAAUUCUCCCCUCAAACACUCUCAAACAAUCUCAAUGAAGCAUUACAAGACCUGGACAAUGCCUUGAAAUCCCAACCACAACUUGUACUUGGCUUGAGGAAUGGUCGAACUCGAACCCUUAAAACCGCAGUUCAAGCAAUUCCACUUCCACAUCCUGACCAAAAGCUUGAAGAGGACACCAAAUUCUCAUUUACAAGUCUCGGGAACUGUUCUUCUACCCCGCGUUUAAGGCAAUCCGUGGAGCACUCUCGUGAACUGAAAAGGAAGGUUUUAAGGCCACAAAUGAGUAUGACUGCGAGUGCAAUCAUUAGCCUUGAGUUCUCAGAAGCAUUACCCUUUGCUGCUUUCACUUCUUUGCUUGUAGAGAUGGUGGCUAAACUGGAUCAUGUUAUGGUUGAAGUUUAUGAGUUGGGCCUAGUAGCACACUUUAAAGAGUUCCAAGGUGAUGAGAUUGUUGUCACUUGCGAAAAACCAAACAUGAAUAGAGCUCAGAAUGACUUGCCUUCUCAUGGAGCAGAGUAGUUAGUAAUAGUACUAGUAUAGAAUCCAAAGGAAGUACUGGAGCAUAUUCUUCCUUGCAGUUGGUGUUUAUUAUCCCAUGAUCACAGUUACAUGCCUACAUUCAUGUAUGCAUGCAUACAUUCCUGUGUGUAUGUAAAAGAACCUUUCUCGUCUUCUUACAUGGAGAAGAGUGCACGCAAAAUGCUUCCACAACAAUUACCUUGAAUUGCAAAGUCAGUUCCUUGGUUUAUUAUAGCUA